AUGCGGCAAGUGGAAGCCAUCCCCUGGAACUCGCACACAGGGUCGACAGAAGUUCUCUCAUCCUCGUCUAUUACAGAGCUAUGUCAACAAUGCACGUCGGCUUUCGAAAUCUGUACGCACCAUGAAAGUCUGAUGAAGCGCGGGUGGGCGGGGGUCCGCUUCUUCGACUUCAACACAUUUAUCAAAUGCAUCGGCGUGCGAUCCGCAUCCAAGGCAUCUCUUGAUUAUCGCCUCGACUCUGGGCCAUUCAAUCGACUCAUGCUCUCAAAUAUUCUGGUCAUGCUCAAUAAUGCCCUUGCCGAGUGCAUCAGCUGUGCGGAGGCACAGUCCGACAUAGAUGCGGCCACCAAGAAUGUGGACUCGUUGAUCAUAUGUUUGUCUCGCAUAAUGGAAGCCAUUACUCGACCCGGCAUACGAUCACGCCUUCCGGAGGGCGACUGUAAGUUUAAGCCUGAAGAACACGAAGAGCUGAGGGCUUUUCUGGGCAUCAUGUGUUUGCGACAACACACAAGGAGUGAAUAUGGCGUCGAACUCGGUCAAGAAGCCCAAAACGGAGUAUCCAAGCUGGAUGCACUGUCAACCAAGGAGUGCAUAAAAAUCUCGAAGGAGCUCAAGCUGUCUGCGGCUCAACAACGGCUCAUAGAAGUGAAUUUGCGCAGAAGAAACCGCUUCUUACAGGCACAAGAGCGCGAUCGACAGGAAAACGUCAGCGACCACCCCAAGGCACCUACAACUCAAGGCAACUUGCGGGCUCCGGAAGCCAAAGAGAAAGCCUCGCAACCUGCCAUGAUGGCACUCACUGCACUCAGGCCCGCAGGUCGAUAUCCCAAAGCACCAGAUUUGCCCCAGGGCGCAAUAGCGUUCAAGUGCCCGUGCUGCUGCAAAACUCUACCGGCCCAUGUUGCCACUGACAAUGACCAUUGGAGGUAUUGCUCCCAGGCCCUGCGAUAA